ACUUAUCCGUGCGCUCUCAUUCCCUUCAGAUCCUGUCGCCAGGCGCACUGAGUGAGUUAAAGUGGACCUCUUUACUGACCGCUGAAUGUUUCUUUUUUUCCCUUUUUGCUGCUAAUGUUUGUUUAGAAGAUGUGACUUGGAUUGAUUUUGCACAGGAUUAAUAUCCACGUGACAAGUUUUCAUCAUUUACUUCUUUUAUUUGGUGCGACGGAGUGAUGCAGAGUGGAAAGGAUCGAAUUGGGGAUGAAACUUGGGUUGCGCGCUGGCAUGGCACGUCAGGUGUUUCAGCGCUUGGAUAGACGCUGUUUCUUCCUGUCAUGGUGUCAGUAUCCGCGGUGAGUCCGCCUGGAGCACUAUGGAGAGGAUGGAAAGAAAGAGAAUUUUCUUCUGUCUUCUCUUGGCGGCGCAGCUCUGUUUGAGCUCCACACAAGUCCUCAGAAUCGGUGGUAUUUUUGAGACGCGGGAGAGUGAGCUAGUGAGCAUGGACGAGCUGGCCUUCAAGUUUGCUGUAAAUAACAUAAACCGCAACAAGACCCUGAUGCCCAACACAACACUUACAUAUGACAUUCAGAGAAUCAACCUGUUUGAUGGAUUUGAGGCUUCAAGAAGAGUGUGUGACCAGCUGGCUCUAGGCGUGGUUGCCGUGUUCGGUCCUUCUCACAGCUCCUCGGUCAGUGCUGUUCAGUCCAUCUGCAACGCCCUGGAAGUCCCUCACAUACAGACCCGCUGGAAACACCCAUCAGUGGACAACAAAGACACCUUCUUCAUCAACCUGUAUCCUGAGUACACCGCCAUCGCCAGGGCUAUCCUGGACGUGGUGACUUUCUUCAAAUGGAGGAAGCUAACGGUGGUCUACGAGGACAGCACAGGUCUGAUGCGGAUGCAGGAGUUGAUCAAGGCUCCGGCAAAGUUUAACCUAAAGAUCAAGAUCCGCCAGCUGACCCCGGGUAACCAAGAUGCCCGACCGCUGCUUAAGGAACUGAAGAAAGACAAGGAAUUUUUUAUUCUCUUUGACUGCUCCUAUCGUAUGGCUGCAGAGCUCCUUAAGCAGCUUUCAUCCAUGGGAAUGAUGACAGAGUACUACCAUUUCUUCUUCACGACUUUGGAUUUGUUUGCCUUGGACCUGGAGCCAUACCGCUACAGCGGGGUCAACAUGACGGGCUUCAGAUUGUUGAACGUGGAUGACCCUUGGGUGGCCUCCACGAUGGACCGCUGGGCUAUGGAACGACUGCAGGGUCCCAAACAAGAGAGUGGCCUGAUGGAUGGAAUCAUGACCACAGACGCGGCCUUGAUGUACGACGCAGUGUUCAUGGUGGCUGUCGCGUCCCAACGGGCCACUCAGAUGACCGUUAGCUCCCUGCAGUGUCAUCGCCACAAACCCUGGCGUUUCGGACCACGCUUCAUGAACCUUUUCAAAGAGGCACAGUGGGAUGGACUGACAGGGCACAUUGUUCUUAAUAAGACGGAUGGCCUGAGGAGAGACUUUGAUUUGGACAUCAUCAGCCUCAAAGAGGACGGCACUGCCAGGGGUGUUGUGGAGGGCGGAAGUCGCCUCACGAAAAGGUGGAUUAAGCUGAGAGGGAUUCAGUUUGCGGAGGAGACGACAGCCUACGUCAGGACUUGCUGCAAGAGGAGCAGUUAUAGUUUGGCCUUCAGCUGACACAUGGGCCAGUGCACAUUUUCAAUGUGAUUGUAUUAAAUCAGCCUUGUUACGUCAAACCAUUCUGUCUGUGUUCAAUUAGGUUACAUUUAAGAGAAAAUUAGCUCUGUUAUUAUAAUUUAACUUAAUGCCAACUAAAUAUUCCUACUUUAUACCACUGCUUGUCACCUUGAAACCAGUUUGAUGAGUGGAAAACCUGAAUGUUGAAUUAAGUCAUUCCGUCAAACACACACACAGUUUACAGUCUGGCAAAGUUCUUCCUCUCUGUCUUUCUCAGUCGUCAGACAGACAGGUAUGUAGGCAGGCAGCUGUCAAGGUGCAGAAGCAGUGAUUUAUACUGUAAUUUUAAUUCCAUUCAGUACUUUCAGCCCUCAAAAGCUUCCCCCAAAGGAAAACCCACAACAUGGUAAGAGAUUGACUUCAUUGACUUCAAAACGCUUGACUUCAUGGUCAUGGAAAAUGAAUUAUCAGUCCGUUGCAGUUGUGUUAGUUCUUGGGCACUGGAGUGUUAAAUACACUCUGAAGACGAUGAUGGGACUAAACAAAGUGAAAGUCUUCUGGGAAAUAAAGUAUUUUCUCUUAAAGUUCUUGAAUUUCUGAGAAUAAUUUAUUUUUUUUUUGCUUUGCUUGCCUUGGCAUCUCUCCUGCUCUGUGGGAACGGUUUUCCAGUCUGAUUUGGUUCUGGUUGGAGAUGAGCUUUAGGAUACAUAGAUAACAUUUUACUUGCAGCGUAUGAGAGAGAAUCCCUGUCAGUUUUCAUAGCACACUUUGUUGUUGGAAGCUUCUCUGGUGCGCACGAUAAAUUUGCGAGGCUGUACACAGUAAAUCCAUGACUUAGGGGUUUAAAAGAUGAUGACUGUAUACUGUGCAGCCGGCCUAGGCUGAUUUCAUUGGCUUGGUCAGAUUACUUUUGGACUUAAACUUCAAACUGACUAAUCGUGCAGUUGAUGUUUCAUGAAGGGUGAUAUUUACCAAAACAACACUGUUUUGCAACAUACUUGAGCUUGAGCUACGUUUUUAAGGAAUAUCACAGACCAAAAUACACUCCACCCUUCCAAAAAUAUUGUUCUCACUCUGUCCAUUUAUCUUCGAGACUGAGGACAAUACAAUUAAUUAAAUCCAACCCCAUUUGCUGUGUUGCUCAUCUGCAGCGUCCAGAGAUAAGACAGAUUUAUGGACUCUUGCGCAGAGUGGCUCCUCGAGAAAGUGCCGCGGUGGAGAUACAGAGUGCUUUUAGCAAGGUUAUGAGUGAGCACAUUUUCUGUUUUCUGAGCGAACAGAAUAAGAUAGAACGUAAUGAGGAGUGAAAAGCAUGUUAUCUUUUCCAAUAGGUAAUCCCAUGUAGCCCUUUGUCUGAAAAAGAAAUUGUGAAAAAUAUGACUGUGCCUUCUGUAGAGCUCAGUUUAGUAAGAGAUGCUGAUAUGGUCAUUACUACUCAUCCUUUUGUACAAUUAAUGGAUGAACAGGCCAUUGUGUCUGGCACAAAUUCAUUACAUUUUCUUCACAGACUAAAUAUCAAAAAGCUCAUUAACAAUAAGCUUGAACAUUUAAUGCACUUAACUUUAUAGCAUCAGUGUUGUGAGCCCCUUUGACUUUUGUUCAGCUCUUAACUAGUGAGGGGAUUUGAAAGGGUCAAAAUCCAGCAGCCAGACGCCUGUUCUAAUCUGAUAACAGUCUGGAUUAUACCGCCUGGUCAGAGCUCUCAUUCACAGUUACUGUGACAAUACAGAGGACAAAAACCAUGUUGUCCUCUGUCCCUGUCUGACCCUGCUCUUCUUCAUUCAUACUGUCUCCACUGGGGUGAUUUCCAAUUCCUCACAAUCAUAUUCAGUUACUCUAUAUAUAUAUAUAUAUAUUAUGGAUUAUUUUCUCAUUCUGUCGAUUAGUCAUUCACUCAGUAGAAUGUCAGGGAAAAAAUAAUGAUGAAAAUAAUAAUGAAAAAUUCCUAAAGCUCAAAAUCAAAUCAUCAAAUGUGCUGUUUUGUAUUGUACUGAUAUUCAGUUUAUUAUCACAUAUCACACAAAAAUCCUAACUGGAACCUGGUGCUGUUUG